AUUUCGUUUGUAAACAGAAAACAAACAAGUUUACACAAUAUUUGUAAAUAGAAAAAUCUGUAAAUUCUUGCCUUGAAGAAACUUAGAAACCCGUACAAAAAAAGCAAAUCAAUUUCAGACAAUGAGCAAUAAAGCGCGCAAAACCAAAUACGUUUUGAUGGUUUGCGUGGAUAAUAUCUGUCGCUCACCCAUCGCAGAGGCCGUGUUGCGUGACAUUAUCGUGAAGGAUAAUCUCCAUUCGAAUUGGCGCGUGGACAGCGCCGCGAUUGAGGCCUGGCAUCUGGGCGCCCGGCCGGAUGACCGGGCCUUGAGCGUGCUCCGGCAGCACAAUAUCAACUAUCACAGCUGUGCGCGUCGGCUAACGCCGGAGGAUUUCGAGAAGUUCGACUAUAUACUGGGCAUGGAUCAGAGCAUUUUGGCCUCCUUGAAGCUGCUGCAGCCCUACUAUGCCAAGUCGCAGCUUCUGAUGCUGGGCGACUUUUUGUUUGGCCUCAAGCCGAAUGAACGCAUCAUCGAGGAUCCAUACUACGAGAUGGGCGAGGAGCCGUUUCAGAAGAUUUACGAGCAGUGCGCGCACGCUUGCGGUAAUUUUUUAAAACAAGCGCGUCACGACGAAAUUAUAACAUAGAAUUCAACUGUCGGGCACCAUUGCAGGGUUAACAACAGCUGUUGCGAUGUUACCCGCCAGCUUGUUUACUUGUUCGCCAGUGUUGGCAAUGACAGCUGACAAUUUAAAUCGCAUAACAUAAACUUUGGCGUACAAAUAAAUUUUAGCAUGGUUAAAAAUAUA